GCCAUCCUAAAAUCUUUAGCCCAAACCAACAACAUCACCUCAGUCAGCUCACUUGUUUGCAUACCAAUGUAACAAGUUUAAAAAUAACAGACACUCUUAAUAAUACCUACCCAGAUCUUAACAUAGU